AAGAUGGCGGGCGGUUCUGGAGCUGUGACCGGCCACGGAGCCCGCAGCUCCAACGCUUCGUUGGCGGCCUCUCUGGACCGACGCUUUCAAGGAAUAUCCAACACCAUGGAGUCUAUCCAGAGCCUUUCCGGCUGGUGCAUUGAGAACAAGAAGCAGAGCAGCCUCGUCGUUCGCUACUGGAUGAAGUGGCUCAAGAAAUCUGACAACAAUCAUCGCUUGAAUCUCUUCUACCUUGCCAAUGACGUCAUACAGAACUGCAAAAGAAAGAAUGCUAUUGUGUUCCGGUCCGCCUUUGCUGAGGUUCUGCCGAAUGCUGCCCUUCUUAUCAAAGAUGCGAAGGUCCGUAGGUCGGUGGAAAGGAUCUUGUCAAUCUGGGAGGAACGCAGCGUGUAUCCUGAGGAGCUCCUCACUCAGUUGAAAGCCAAUCUGAACAAGAAGGAAAAGGAAAGAGAGAAGCAGAAGGAAAAAGAAAAAGUGAAAGAAAAAGGAAAAGAGACUCAACCUGUGGCUGCUCCAGCCAAGACAAAAGCUGCAACCAAGUCCAAGAUUGUUGAAGAGUUUGCACCCAACUCACUUAUAGAGCAGCUGUCAGGAUACAAGCAAGCAGUCACAGAAGAGGACUUCAGGGAGAAGCAGCUUGCAGCUCUCAGGCUGGACAUUUGCAGUGCUGAGGCUCACAAGAGGCUGAAAGACAAGGCGGGAGGGAACAAGUUUGCUAAAGACUUUGAGGAUGGCAGUCAGAAGCUGCAGGAGUUUGUCGGCUUUCUGGAGGAGGAGUUGAAGACGGGCCCCCCCCUGCUGGACGCUUUGGGAAACGCAGACAUCUUCUACGAGAUGCAGUACAAGGAGGUCAAGAUUGUGGCUAAUGCGUACAGUGCUUUUGCCAACCGCGUGGCCGUUCUCAAAAGGAAACUGGACUCCCUCAAGUCGACUCUACCAGGGCCUGAAGACUCACCCAUCCCCUCACCCUCUGAAGACGCCCCCUCCCCCACCGGCUCAGACUCCCCUUUGCUGGCGAUGGGUGCCGCCAGAGCACAGGUGGACCCGGAGCUGGAUGGCAAGGCCAUGGAUGAAGGGGACCUGCAGAGUGACAGCAGAGAGGACAUAAAUGUGUCUGACGAAGAGGAGCGUUCUUCUUCAACAGCUGGUGACAAGGCAGGUGAGAUAUCUCCUGGUGUUGUCAAGUUUGCAGACUCUAAGCUUCCAACCACACCUACCAAAGCUUCAAAGGCUCACACCGCUGUCAGCGUAACCCCAGCCACACCUACUUCUACCUCUCAAACUCCAUCCACCCCUCUGGGAGUCAACAUGGCCAAGGUGGACCUGGGAAAGAUCAGCUCCAUCCUCAGUUCACUCACGGCUGCUAUGAAGAACACAGGUAGCCCCUCAGCUCGGCCAGCUCCAGCAACAUCCACCACCCCAUCGGCCCAGUCUAUAACCUCCAAAGCAACCCCAGCAAGUCCUGCUCUUGCCAGUAUUUUGUCACGUGUUGACAUCACACCUGAAGGCAUACUGAAUGCUCUGUCUAAAAAAAACACACCAGCAUUGUCCUCUCUCCUGCACACUGUGACAAACUCUGCUCAAUCCACUCGAGCUUCCCCAGAAGCGUCAUCAUCAUCAUCAUCAUCAGCGAAGACCCCGAAAGCUAAAUCCACAGUGGCAAACAGUCUCAAGCGAGAAACACCCAACAGGAAUAUAGUCUGGGAGAAGGACCGUCAGCUCUCCCCCCCUCCCGCACCCCAUCCUCCCUGUGUUGCCUCCACUGUCUCUCCCCCAAGCCUCGAAUCAAAAAUCAACAGUUUCUUGCAGGGUAAUCCAGGUUUUAGCCUGGCCCUAGGUGAUGCCAGUCCAGAUGGUGUUGAUGGGACCCCAGUGCGAGAUGAGGCUGUCGGUACCCCCACCCAAGAUGAGAUCAUGGACACGCCUGGGAGUGUACCUGAGUCUUUAGGAUCCUCUGGUGGCAACAACCUUUCACCCACAGCGUAUCGCAGUGAGCCUUGGGACGCUGUGAUCACUCCGUCGGGAAAUAACAAUGAUGGUGACUUCACCUCUUCCCGGUAUGGAGGUGCGAAAAGGAACGAUGCAGCUAAGAGUGCAAGGAAGCAGCUGGUCUCCGCCUCCAGUAGUGAGCUCAUGAAGGCUAAGAAAGAUGCACAGCACAGUCAGGGUGUUAUGACAGGAGGAAAUGCCAGUACAAAGGGAGAGCAUCGCCUCUCCGCUGGCUCCCGAAAAGCAAGCACUGGCUCUGAAGAAGGAGGUCUGAGUGGGAAAAGAGAGGACAAGCUUAAAGGUCUACAGUCCCCAGGUAGGGACACUAAGGACAGCAGGGGGUACCAUCGCAUUGAGACCCUUGUUUCACCCUGUACUGAGGGUGCACCCAUUGAGACUGUGGGCUAUUCUAACCAGCCCCUUGCAGGAGAGCGAAUCAAGACGGUCGAGAGCAUCCGUGUGAUUGGCCGAGACUCUCGACGAGGAGGAGGGGCUGGUGCUCUGCCUGGGCCAAUGUGGUACGAAGAGGAAGAAUACAUGGAAGCUCAUUCUACCUCGCCCCAUCCCAUCCCCCCUCCUCUUAGCAUUGGCCAGGGAGGCAGUGGGGAAAUGACCCCCGCCAUGCCGCCCCCACACCAUCUCCUCUCUCACCCUCCUCCUCCUCCCCCUCCCCCACUCCCUCACCCGGUCCCUCCUCCUCCACCUCCUCAAAUACCUUUCCAAAUGCUUUACCAUGCAGAGAGUCUCCAGACUCCUCCCCCUUCUCAUCUCCUACACCCACCGCCUCCUUCACCCCAUUUCUUUGGCGCUCCCCCCACCAUCCCUCGACCUCCCCCGCCUCCCAUGUCACCCACGCUGUCUCCCUCUUUGCCCCCACCAGUCAUGGUAGGUGGACUUUUAGUCCCCGUCGACCAGAUGCAGGCUGGUCCUCCCCCAGGCAGGCAUGACAGUGCAGAGCGAGGAGGCCCCAGGGGUAACAGGUCCUCUCCCCGUCCACUCAUGUCAUUAUUAGGUGAUCCUCCCAAGCUGCCCCGUCCCGGCACAGUCAAAGAGCCUUUUCCUGCCCAUAAUACACCCCCGAUCCACCGCCCAGGUGCUCCUGGUGCGCCUCCACCCCUCCUGGGCCGAGUAAAGGAGUCCCCAAGUUUGCACCCUCCAAGCACGUCUCCUUCAACACCCAAUUCCCCUGCAGUGGACGGCACGCCAGCUCGUGCCCUCGCUCAAACCGCCGCGCCUCCUGGGCAGAAUCCCGUGGUGAGUCCUCCCAGUCAACCCCGCAGCCAACCUCCCAGCCCCGUCCCCCUCCUGGCGCUGCCUACUCAAAGACCCCCCUUGCUGUUUGGCAACCAGCGAGGCCACCACUCUCGACACUUUAACCAAGAUCACCAAGGCGGUGGGAGGUUCCGUGGCAACAAGCGUCCCGGCCCUCCUUUUGCAGGUGGCCCCUUCCACGGGCAGAAGAGACCCUUCCAACCGCCACGCUACUGAAGUGGUCAUCU